AUGAAUGCUUCGGAAGCCGACCAACAGAUCAAGCAGGUGGUCAAAGACCUGCUCUCAAGAGACCCCGUUCGAUUCAACUCGACCAUCAAUGCCCACUUUGCCUCAGGAUGCACAUACCAAGGCCGUGGUCUGAAGAUCACAGGUGCUAGUCAGCUCAAGCAUUCUGCUUACUUGCUCAAUGCCCUCGACUUUGGAUCUGCCGCCAAGAUUACCGAUCAAGACAUCCACUGGGAUGCCGCUCGGACCACUGCCGUCGUCAAGGCCACUCGACACCUUCGACCCAUCUUCUUCCCCCUCUUCCAGUUCGCUGUGACGACCAACGUGAUCCUCGCCUUCAAUGCAGAGGAAACCGCCAAAGACUCGCUCUUCUGCACUCAGUGGAGGGACGAAUGGCCUCUCGAGCAGGUCAUUCAGAAACUUCCCGUUGUCAGAUAUCUCUACAAUUUCUUGUUGGUGCCCACACUUACAAUGGUCUUCCUCUGGGCGUCCGACCUGGCUUUCUGGCUACACUCCAAGGUCGAAACUGUCGAGCACCGAUAUGCCCGCGAUGCUGCGGACGUCUAUCGUCAGAAAGUAGAGCCUCGACUGCCUCCUAGUUUGGCCAAGGGCUUUGAUGCUGGUGUUCACGCAGCUGAGCAUGUCGGACAGCACAGCGUACAUGUCAUCUCUCGUGUCUCGCACGGUCCCUUGAGGGCUGUGGAGGAGCUCGUUCGCACCGCAACCGUGAUUUUCAACCUUGCUCUCCCCCAUCAGCUGCAGAUCCCCUAUCCUUCUGUCUUUUCCGAGCGUGCUCAGGCUGCGCCAGUCAAGGCUUCCACGCCUGAGGUUGCAGAGCAGAACACCGCAAAGAAGGAUGACGACAAAAAUGGAUCUGUCUCACCCAAGUCGCAGUCUCAACCUAAGUCUAUCAACGGUGUCGAGGCUGAAGGCUCUCAAUCGCCCAAGAAGAAAGUCUCUGGCUCACUCGUCGACCGUGCCGAGCAGAAGUCUGCAGACGAGACUACCACUGACCAGCCCGUCACUGAUGACGCCGAGGCUGCGGACCACAAACGCAAAGCCGAAACCAGCCCUGCUGACGAGCCUCGACACGCAAAAGUUGUCGUAGGACCCUCGGAGGACGGCUCUCAGGCCCAGGCAAAGGAGAUCGAUGUUGUCACUCAGCAGGUCACCGAGAAGGCAACUGCUGGCGAGUCUUCUCAACAGAGUCUUUACGAUGUGUUGAAGAAGGAUGGUCAGCUUCCGAGCACCGGCGGCAGUGAAAGUGCGGACGGAAAGAAGGGUGAAGGUAAGAAGAAAGGUAAGAAUGCUCGCAAGUAA